UCCUGUCCAUACCUGAAAGAUAUAUGUUUUCUAAAUGUUGCGUUUUUUUCUUCUAUUAAUUUACAGUGGGAAUUCAGAGAGAAGUAAAAUUAGAGAAGAUUUGCUGGAGUCUAUUAUGAAGAUGUUAAGAGAGUGUAAUGUUCAUGUGAAGACGUUCCGGAAUGCCAUGGAAAGAUUCAAUGAUGAAGUCGAAAGUCAAGAUUUAUCUCUGGUUCUAAUCCAUAACCGCCAGAAGGAUGGUCGAGUUUACAAUCUCCCAACUUCGUCUGAGGUUGCUGCGUUAGUUGUUGGAGAUUUCCGACUUAAUAUGGAUAAAAGGGAUAUAAUUUUGGAGAAAAAUUCAGGAAAGCUCAAAAGGAUCAAUGAGUUGCAUCCUUGCUAUCUACCACUUCAAUAUCCUCUUAUUUUCCCGUAUGGAGAAGAUGGAUUUCGAUUGGGGAUCAAACAUGGUUUUACAGGAAACACCAAAAAUAAGAAACCGAAUAUAACUAUGCGAGAAUUUUUUGCAUAUCGGAUUCAAAUCCGUAAGCUUGGUUCUCAAGUACUUCUUCUUUCAAGGCGCUUACUGCAGCAGUUUUUGGUCGACGCUUACACAAUGAUCGAAACUCAUAGGCUUCGUUACAUAAGGAAAAAUCAGGCUAAUCUACGGUCUUUGAACUUCAGUAAGUUCGUGGCGGCUGCAAAUCAGGGAUUUUCUUCGCUUCCUAUUGAAGGAAACCGUAUCAUCAUACCCUCAUCUUUCACAGGUGGUCCUCGGUACAUGCAUCAGAUGUAUGUGGACGCAAUGACUAUAUGCAAAUAUUAUGGGUUUCCUGAUUUAUUUAUCACCUUCACAUGUAACCCUAAAUGGCCAGAGUUGACAAGAUAUUUUUCAAAGUAUAACCUGAGAGCUGAGGACAGACCAGAUCUCUGUUGCAGAUUAUUCAAAAUUAAGCUUGAUAGCUUGAUGUAUGAUCUAACUAAGAAGCACUUGCUUGGAAAAACAGUGUCUGGUAUGUAUUUUGAUUUGGGUCUAAUUUGUAUUUAUAUUGAUCUUUACUGUUAAAUUAUAAAUGUGUCCGCAAGGUGUUAAAGAUUUAUGUCUUUUUUUUCAGCU